CGCACGUUGUUCAGUCGUUGAAACAGUCCUGGUCAUCUGGCUUAUACCAUGGUGAACAAGGCACUACUGUCUCACCCAUCACUGUCUUGCACUAGCUGGCUUAAUGGGAUCAGCAAAGUGGCUGCAUGGCCUUACAUCAAUCAGCAGAGGCCUCACAGGGUUCAGAGAGUGUAGUACUUCUUCCGGGCCCAGACACCUAAACUGUCUCGACGGGAAUAAUUAGUGAAGCCAGAAGGCCACAAGGAAAUAACUGUCAGUCGGUAGAUCGAUGGCGGAGGAUACCGGUGACGAGCGGACAGGCCGGGAGUCUCAGCGCAGGUUCCGCCGGAAGCAGAUUGCCCGGAACAUUCACCUCUUCAGGUGCCUGGUUGCUUUGGCCUUCUCAGCUUCAAUUGGCAUUCUCUUAGUGGUCCUGUCAUGUGCACUGCCGACAUGGGGACAACAGUGGUGGCCAAUGUUUGUAGUUACCUUUUAUGUGCUGUCUCCAGUACCAAUGUUGGUAGCAAAUCGUAUAUCCAACAUUGACAGCUUGGGAGCAGCAAGCAGCGCACUACGUGAAUUGUGCAUCUUUCUUACUACUGGAAUUGUAGUUUCUGCAUAUGGGCUGCCAUUGGUGUUCGCACACACUAAAGUGAUUGAACUGGUGCCUGCCCUUCUUGUCUUGGCUGGAAAUACAUGGUGUUUUGUCACAAUUCUGGUAUUUUUCAUUGUCUUCAACCGCAAUGAUGAUUUUGAGUUCCAGGUUUGGUGAAAAAAUUCUUGGCAUAUCUGGUAAAUUGCAAAAUGUGCAUCAUACGUUUACUGAAAUUUAAGCACGUAAAAGCAGUGUUUUCCACAGCUUUGUAUUUUAGCAAGGUAGCUGGCAAUGGAAGUGCAAAGCGAGAAGCCCUUUUGGCUUGGGGUCCCAAAGUGUGAGAUCCAAUCUAAGGCUCUGUUGUGCAAUCUGAGGUCUAGACAACUUGAGUGUUUGCCAACUCAAGUUCGGACAACUCGACCAUUGAGAAAAGAAAUUAUGGCCAGAUGUCUGAUUCACACUUUGACAUUGUUUCAACAGUUUGUCAAAAAUCACGGUAGAAGAAAAAAAUUGACAAAUAGUUACAGGACGAUAUGUUACUCACUACGAGUGAUCCCAAAUGCUUUUUUCUUACUCCACAGUCUUAGAAACUUUUGCAUCGAACGUCUGUUUAAUCAAAAUGACUUUCGAAGUUUCCGUUCUCUUUAAACUGGCCGAAAACUGAACGCGUAUUAUUUCCUAGUUUGGAUCGCGCAUUAAGUGCAUGCACACAAUAUACGUUUUGAACUCAAUAGAGGGAUUUCACUUGAGCGCUGUCCGCGCAUAUCAGUAUCGAAACCGAAGAUCUCUGUGUUGAACGCUGUCGCACGCGCCGGCGGAGUCGACACAGUAUACAUGUAGAGGGAUUUCACAUUAGUGCCGUCUGCGCAUGUUGGCAUCGAAACCGAGGCUCUCUGUGUGGAACCUCGUCGCGCACGCCCGCGGAGUCAACACAGUACAUGCAGUAAGUGUGACGCCACUUCAGUUAAACCACGCCCACUGCACAUGCAGAUACAAGUCCGUCGC